AACCCGGUUAAUGUAUUGUGUUUCUGUUUUAUGUUCCCGGGGCAUUCAUCCCAGGCUGCUCCGAAAUCCACCUACACAGGUGCGGGUACCACUGAGCAUUCUUCCGGUGUGGAUGACAUUUGGUGAUCCGGCCAAAGAUAAUGUUGGGAUGUACGCCCGAGGAAGAGCUCAUAACAUCGCUGUAAUGGUGCGACCAAUCAACUCUUUAUACAAAAUAGUUAAACCGUUCCGGAAUUCUCCGCUCGGAGAUUUGGGGUUUUCGAUUGAUCCGGUAACGUUGCUGCUGCUCACGGAAGCCAAAUCAAUUCAUAGAGAAGAAUAUUCUGCAGAAUUCGCUCGCUAACGGAGAAGAAAAGCUUCCGAUGGCACACCACAGGUGAGCGGCCUCUAAAAAUUCAAAACGACAGCAAGCAUACUAGGAAGUAGUAUAAUUCGAGAAAGACGAGC